AUUCCUUUUCAGAUUUAAUUUGAACCGGUCGACCGAGGAAGUCGUACGUUGGCUGUCCCUUGUCUCUUGUCCCGUACCGUACUGCAAGAUACAAUAAGACUCUUCGCGCUGUGCCACAUCGAAAUUCGACGAUCGACAUAAAUCGUCGCAAUUGCUUCAAUCGAUAGUCGAAUAACAUUCCACUUAGGUACUAUCUACCUUGGUAUAAGACUAUAAGAUAUGUACAAGACACUGACUACGUUCACGAGAGCCCUGAGCCGGCGGACCACGUUUUUGCUUUGCAACGCGGUUACAGGAGGUCGAGAGAAUCACUUUCGAGUUUGUAAUGUUUCGUCUAAAGAUAAUAAAGAUUUACCAUUUCAUAGGUCUAUGAGCGUGGAUUGCUCACCACCGGUGACUUCGGUUGUAACUGGUGUAUCGGUCAGCCAGGACGAGUUUGGGAAUUUCAUGGCAGUGUUCCCAGAAUUAGUCAGGGAUCUGACAGACACCAGCCUUAAGUUGAACGUGCCCGACGCCACCGAGUGGCUAGAAAACCUGUUGCAAUACAACGUGCCCGGCGGUAAAAAUAAACGAGGAUUGACGUUGGUAACGUCAUUCAAGAUGCUGGCCUCGCCGUCUGAUCUGACCGAUGAAAAUCUUAGACUGUCUUACAUAUUAGGGUGGUGUGUUGAAAUCUUGCAAGCUUAUCAAUUAGUGUUGGACGACAUAAUGGAUAACGCUAUUACUAGACGAGGACGUCCGUGUUGGUAUCGACACAACGAUAUUGGUCUAAUGGCAGUGAACGAUGGCAUUCUCUUGGAACAGGCCAUUUACCAAUUGCUUAAAAAAUACUUUAAGGAUAAGCCAUACUAUACACACAUUGUGGAAUUGUUCUAUGACAUUACAAUGAAAUCUGCGAUGGGCCAGUGUCUCGAUAUGUUGACUGCGAAAAGUUUAAAAUCUACAAAACUUGAAAAAUUUACUUUGGACAAUUAUACAGCUAUUGUGAAAUAUAAGACUGCGUAUUAUUCGUUUUUUCUUCCCGUGUUUCUCGCCAUGCGCAUGACAAACAUCAAUGAUCAAGAAAUCUUUAAACAAUCAAAGGCUAUAUUGCUUGAAAUGGGUCAAUUCUUCCAAGUUCAAGAUGACUAUUUAGACUGUUAUGGAAAUCCAGAAGUCACGGGAAAAAUUGGCACAGACAUAGAAGAUGGAAAAUGCUCAUGGUUGGCUGUAAUGGCUUUGCAAAAAGUCAAUUCUGAACAAAAAAAAAUUAUGGAGGAUAAUUACGGUAUUGACGAUCCAAUCAAUGUUGCAGUCAUAAAAAAUUUAUACGGACAGUUGAAAUUACAAAACACGUUUCUACUCUACGAAGAAGAAAGUUAUAAGUUAAUAAGUACUUAUAUUCAACUAUUGUCACAAGGAUUGUCACAAGACAUGUUUUUCACAUUCUUGGAAAAGAUUUACAAGAGAACCCUCUAAUUUUAAAUCUUUACUAAAUUCAUUAAUCAUCAUUUAUUUUACGUACUUACAUCAAAUAUAAUAGUUAUUAUUUCUUAGAUAUAGCUAAUUAGUUGUAUACAGUUUUAAAAAAUCAGUGUGCUCAAAAAUUGUACUUUGUGUUGAGUGUACCAUUUCAAUGUCUAAUCAUAUUUUAUCACUGCAUUAUUCAACACAACAUUUUUAACUACCUACUAUUCAUAAACAAUGUUAUAAGUUUAAUAUUCAGAUAAU